CUCUCUUUCUCUCUCUCUCUCUCUCUGCGCGCGCUCAUCCCGCCUUCUUGCGAGCAGAAAGCACUCGGGUCUCCAUCGUACGGGACCGGCUGCUGCUUCCUUUUGAAGCUCCAUCUCUCUGCUCACUCUCUACCAAUCAUAUUUUUUUUCUAUUUUUUUUUUUUUUUGCUUUUCUCUCUCUCUCUCUCUCUCUCUCUCUCUCUCUCUCUCUCUCUCUCUGCUCAUCCUGCCGCUCUCUCCACCUUCGCCACUCAGAAUCAGAACCAGGGUUGUGUAUUGUCGGGUGGUUUUGUGUGUGUUGUGUCAGCUCUAGAGGAGGGAACAUGCAGCAUCCUGGAGGAACAUGCGUGGCGUUACCCAACGUGGACGCCUGUCCUCAGUUGUCCUGCGCAGCCCUCACCUUCAUGUAUUUACAGCAGGGUAACCAGGACACACCGGCACCCCCGGACCCAUCCAUGGCCCAGGCUUACCCGUCGGCCCAGUUUGCCCCCCCUCCCCAGAACGGCAUUCCAGCUGAGUUCACAGCUUCACACCCCCAUCCACAUCCACACUCCCACCCACAUCCGCACCAGCACCCGGCAGCACCGCAGGACUACACCGGCGUCCAGGCCUCCGUCAGCGAGCAUCCACUCAACAUGUACCAGUCCUCGCAGAGCCACAACGAGCAGAGCGGGUCAGACUCCGGCAGUCAGACGGUCACCGGCACAGCCACAACAGAUGAUGCCGCCCAGACGGACAGUCAGCCACCAUCACAGAGUGUACCUGAAAGCACAGACAGCAAGGCCCAACCCAAGAGACUUCAUGUCUCCAACAUCCCUUUCAGGUUUAGAGACCCAGACCUCAGGCAAAUGUUCGGCCAAUUUGGCAAAAUCUUAGACGUGGAAAUCAUCUUCAACGAGCGCGGCUCUAAGGGUUUUGGGUUCGUAACGUUCGAGCAUAGCGUGGACGCCGACAGGGCCAGAGAGAAAUUACACGGCACCGUGGUAGAAGGCCGUAAAAUAGAGGUCAACAAUGCAACAGCACGAGUAAUGACAAAUAAGAAGACUGUCAACCCAUAUGCAAAUGGCUGGAAGUUAAAUCCAGUGGUCAGCGCUGUCUACAGCCCCGAAUUCUAUGCAGUACCAGGUUUUCCCUACCCAACAGCCAGUGCAGCAGCAGCAUACAGAGGAGCCCACCUAAGAGGUCGAGGACGGACCGUGUACAACACAUUCAGGGCGGCCGCUCCGCCUCCCCACAUUCCAGCUUACGGAGGUGUUGUUUACCAGGAUGGAUUUUAUGGUGCAGAUAUUUAUGGUGGUUACGCUGCCUACAGAUAUGCCCAGCCUACUGCUGCCACAGCUGCUGCAUACAGUGACAGUUACGGACGAGUAUAUGCUGCCGACCCCUACAACCACACACUCACUCCAGCAGCCACAUACAGCGUUGGUGCCAUGAACGCGUUCACCCCAUUGACAGAUGCGAAAACUCGGAGCCACGCCGACGACGUGGGGCUAGUGCUGUCCUCUCUCCAGGCUAGUAUAUACCGGGGAGGCUACAGCCGCUUCGCACCCUAUUAGCGACACCUCCAAAACCUAUUCUCAACCUUCCAACAGGACAGAAAGAAAGUGUGUGUGUGCGUGAGUGUGUGAGCAAAUGAAAACAACAAGAGAGAACGAGUUAUCAGAGGAGAGACGUUACUGAGGCCUGGGUAUUGCAAUACAUGCAGUUUGUGCAUCAUUUCAGCAUCUCCUAAGAGAGAAGUAUACAAAAAAAAAAAAAAAUGAAUAAAAUGACAGCUGAUAUUUUUCAUCUUAUACCUCAGAUAUUUUGUGCUGUGUAUUUUGAUAUUGUGGGGUUUUUAAUUUCUAAAGAUUUAAACCUAGAUUAUCAGCUGUAGAGGUUUUUUUCCAUGGUACUGAUAGAGAGCUGCUGGAGUAACGAUUAGGACACAAAUUAGAUAUUUAUCAGAUUCAAAUUGUUAGGGUUUGUAUAGAACUCCAACCCUGUAAGAUAUAGGUCGUAGUCACACUUUGGGGUUUUUAUGUUUUGUAAGAGUGUUAAAGUGACUAUGCUAGUCAAGUGUUGUUUUUUUCUUGUCUCAGCUUCCUUUGGCACUUCCUCUAACAGUUUAGCAAUGCUAGCUUUUUUUUCAUCCUUCUCUGAAUCUUUGAGGGCAGGUUUGGGUAUGUAAGAGAAGCUGAGAACAGCCAUUGUUGCUAUUUUCAGUCCAUCACCUUUUUAUCUCUACUUUUUUCUUGUUACCUUGAACAAGCUGUUUGUUUGCGACUGCAACUUUUACAAUCAUAUGCUCAUAGUUAUUUUGCCAAUCCGCGAUAAUAAUCCUUUCCCGAGACAAAAUCCUAUGCAGUAGUCUGCAUAGUCACGAAAACUGCAUGUAUUGUAGCCCGAUUCCAUUGAGUGCAACAUGAGGUGUUUGUUUUGUAACAUACAGAAUUGCAUUGCAUUCAAAAAGAAAGUUUGACUUUGUAUCUAAAUAAUUACAAAAUCCCAUCUGUUAUUUCAAACAUAAGCAUUAUCCACCAAACAUCCAAUGUCCACAGACAUCUUUUUUUGGGCCAUAUCAGAUUUGCCUGUCGUGCAUGUUGUUUAAGCCUGAAAGUAGAUGUUGAGAAAAUUUGGCUAUGAUUAGUCUGUCUGAUUCGGUCUGAUUUGAGGAGCAACAGAUGGCAGCAUGUAAGUGUAGCAUCUCAUCUUAUGACUUGUGUAAAAAAAAUUGCGGUGAUAGACCGAUAUAUUUCUUUAAAGUGGCAGCUUUUCAACUCCCCAACUCAACACAUUUUACAGUAGGCUUUGUUGCAUGUCGUUUACAACACGUCAUUACAGUGAAACGGUCGCGGUUAUGUUUAAGCAACACAACUACUUAGUUAGGUUUAGGAAAAACAUCAUGGUUGGGCUUAAAAUUAAGUACGUAAACUAAGUAAAAUACGUAUGUAAACAACGUGGCAUAAGUACGGAAAACACGUCACACUAACAUCACCAACGUAACUUCAACAUAACUCGACAACACUUUGGGACACGAACACCGGUGUCCUGGUCGAAAGUCCUGUGUUUGUUGGACCCAUCCACCUCCACUCCCGCCCACCAUCAACAGUCUUUUUCACUAUUUAUUCUGCGUAACUAGCUCUGAGCGUAGCAUAUUCACGCAGAUGCGUUUACAUCACAGUCAAUACAGACUACACGACUUGCACAUGAUAUUGUGGCUGCUAAAUCAAUUACUUUAAGCUACUGAGGGGAUUAACCCCGGACUGACGCGCUUUCGCUGUUGAUGUUACCUUUUGCUGCGUGUCGCGCUGAACAAAACCGAUCUUCAGGCCCGCUCCUUGGUUUCGGAAUAGCAGUCCAUUUAUUGACAGUGCAAUAAAGAAGAAAAUCCGGUUUCCACAAAAACAAGCAAAACAACACAACACGGCAAACAAUUGUCAUCAUCACUGCGGUCAAAAAAAACCUUUGCCCUUCCGGGGCUAAAAUCCAGACGCCAACUAAACACUUCCUGGCUGGGUCAGGCAAUUAACACAGCGACACCCAGUGUUCAUAUGAGUGAAUUACGCCACAACCUCAGUAUGUGUCAGCAUCAUUUUUGGCUCCUACACAUGACAUGACAAAAGUAAUAAAGGCGUUGUUAUUGCACGCAAAAUGACUUGCAGAUUACUGUCAUUUAUAUGCCAUUUGGUGAAACCGGGCUGAUACUAUAGUCAUUAGCCUACAUUGUGCCAUUUACAUUUAUUUUAUAAUGAUAAGUUAAAGCAAAAAAAAAUGUAUUGUCUAUUGCCACUUUAACAUCUCACUGUCAAAAUAUAACGCUCAAUACCAGAACAUUUACCGUACAACCGUUUAUGCAAAAACUCAAUGAAUGAAUCAAUGACCAGAUUACCACAACAACUCACAUCAUCAGUUCCUAUGUCUACAUUGAUUAGACAAUUAACAAUAAGUACUCAAAAUUACAAGGUAAUCAUCUCGUAAUUAUAAGAUACCAAGUCAUAACUACAAGAUGAGGUCUCCAGUUCUUUAUUUUUUUUUUCCUUCGGUGAAUGCAGUGCAUUUCCUUUCUGUGAUGUUUCUAUGGUUAUAAUGAGAAAAAUGCAACAAAUUUCAAGUUUCUCUAAGAGGGCAUUUCUGCUUUUUCACAAGUUCUUUUGAGAUAACGGGAUAAUUAAAAAAAAAAAGUACAACAAGUAUUAGCAGUCACAGCUGCUCUCAGCCUCCAGAGAUAGUCAAAAGUGUAGUUUAGUUUACUUCAUCGGGAGAGAAUGGUGUGAGUCAGCAUGCUAUUCAGCCUGUAGAUUUACUGACUGAAUACUGUGGUUAUUUCUUACAUCACUUCAAAGCCAAAGGUUUCUGAUGGACAUAUCUAGCGUGUUUAUGUGUAUAGUGAAGAUUUUACAUAGAUAUGAAUUAUGAGAUGAGGAAAAAAAAUCAAAAUAAUUGCCAUGGCAACUAAACUGUUCAACCAUUUGAUUGCUUAGUCCACAUGCUGUGAUAUGAAAACGAAUUAGGUCCACAUGAAAAAAAAAGAUUUGAUAAAAGAAAUUAGAUUAUAUGCAGCAUUCUAAGGAAAAAGUCAGGAUCCUGGGGAUCAAACUUUAAUCACAGAAUUCUGACUUUGAAUUUGAAGAUUUUGUGGCACUAAUCCUCUUCCGUACUGAGUAGUGUUUGCCAUCCAGACGUAAAUGUUUUUGUAUAAACUUCCAAUAUAUUCAUUGGUAUAAUUGAUGAUUUUUAUAUUAUAAGAGAGAUUUAAAAAAUAUAUAUAUAUAGCAGUGGCCAAAGCCACUAUGUCUAUUUUAUCUCUUUGUUAAUUUUCUUUUGUCUUGUUUUUUUUUCUUCUUUCAUUAUUAAAAUUUAAGGGGGGGGUAAAGUACAGUAUAAUAAUCCAACAAUGUAUUAUAUUUGAACUGUGCAGUGAAGAUGUUCUCUUAUAUGAAAUACACAAUGGUAUAAUGUUUUAGAUUUAGAAGAGUAGAUCAAUUGUUAGGGCGAGCUAUCUCAUUUUCUAUCAAAUCAUAUUCUGAUUUUUAUUAACUCUUUACAACUAAUGUAAUCACAAUGUAGAUACUCUCAUUCAAUUUUUUUUUUUUUUUGGUCGACCGUACCUUUUUUGCACAUGCAACUUGUCAUUUUCAGAUAAACCUGAGACAUAUCAGUGCUGUAGUUGUAAUUUUCUUUUCUGUUUUUAUCAGUUCUGUAAUUUUCUGAUUCUGUCUCUUUCCUCUCAUGUCCUUCUUAAUGUGGCAUCCUUUCUGUUAUUUUCUAGAACUCAAACUUUACUCUUUGAAAAAUUAACUGUUUGAAUAUUAUAAUACUCAAUAAAUAUGAGAAAUAAAUGAUUUGUGAACAGGCUAAUCUACAGUAUGAUGUAAAUAGAAGUUAAUGGAAUAAAAAUCGAUAGUGUAUUUGAAAAGCACUACAUGGGCAACGGGAGCUCUGCUACGGCUGCAUUGCAAGCCAGCCUACGGGCCGCUUCCUGUGCCACAUUCUGUUUACAACUAUCCCCAAUUAGUGGUGUUGUUACAUAUCUCCCCUUUUUUUAUAUGUAUAACAAAUUAGAUAGGACAAACUCUCAGAAGCAUCACAUUAUAAAAAAAGGCAGCAGUAAGGGGCCGCGUGGCUCCGCUGGUUCAAACCUUCGUCUGUGUCGAUCAGAAACUGGACAACUUGUAGUCCUCACUAUGCUGAAUGUCUGACUCCGCAACAACUUUAUACAAGCUCUGCUUCCAGUAGGUGUUGUGGUUCAAAAACAAGGCUUCCUACCCAGUCAUUGUAUGUGCAUGUACUAUGGUUCUUCCACUAAUCAAUAACCAUCAAUAAAGUUUUGUUUUCUCAA